AUGGCAAAUGCACCGGUUGUCUAUACCGGUAAUAAUCCCAACGGCACUUCUGGAACGCUCUUUGAAGGAAAGAAGUUCUGGCUAUCUCACAAUGUGCCUCAACAAUCCAGAUUCAAAGAGCUUAUUCAGAACAAUGGAGGUAUUGUCGUCCUCCAGGAGAAAGAUGCAGACAUCAAGCUGGUGGACCAUACGAAGAAGGAAGUUCCUCUCGACACGUAUUCCUACCAAUAUGUGGAGAGGUCCAUUCGUAACGGCAGGCUUGAAGACCUCGAAGCUCAUCGUGCUGGGAAAACUACUCGCCCGGUUGGGGCAUAUGGGAUUCCAAGCAGAAGCCAUCGGAUUCCUUUUACUCUCGAGGAUGAUCAACUAUUGUGGGAUUACAUGCAACCUUUGGAAGAGGCCGGAAGAAAUGUCUCGGGCAACGUGUUCUAUCAGCAGUUAGCUGAAAAGUAUCCGAGGCACACCUUUCAAUCGUGGCGAACCCGUUAUUUGAAAUACCUUCGUGGACGUCCGCGGCCAGGCGGUCCACGUCAAAGUGCUAACCCCGAAGAUGAAAGAAAUCCCACUGAUGACGCUCACAACAAUCCAACCGUACCAACUGAUACACAGCCUUCAUCUCUUCACCACACCGAGACUUUGAAUGGAUCUUCACAUGAGGUAGGGAAUCUACCAACGUCCGGGAGAGAAGGUGAUACUGUUCCACCGAAUGUUUCUCCUUCAAGAUCAAGAAUGGGGUCCGCGAGAUCGCCGGAACGAGCCCGCGAAAUAACUUCAGGUCGGCAAGGUUCUUCGCCGGUCGUAAAGUUCCGUGACAAUUUCCUUACUCAACCUCAAACGCCAAAAACCCCAGACAGAAGAGCGACGACAUCGCGAAUGUCACCAAUUCCCACAAACCGGAAUGAUCUGGUGGAACGCCGUCAUAACACUACUGCAGUAACCACAGGAGAGAUGACGGUGACGGCAGAGAGUACGAAGAAGCGAAAACGUUCAUCUGCCGAAGAUGGUCCGGCGAUACCAUCUUUUGGUGCAGAGUAUCUGACGAAUCGCAAACGACGGGCUACGGACUACAUUCCGCAAAUAGUUCCGUCAACACCAAAUCAGUCUCCGCCGGUCAACACAAAGACAGUGGAUGAAAGAUCGCAGGACUCGACGAGCGAUGAAGCAGAUGCGGCGGACUUGGAAACUGCGCCGCGACCCCAGUCCACCUCAAGGAAAACAACGUCAGCUCCAGUGCAAGCCACUGGUGCGUUAACACCAGAGGAAGAAGCGAACUUGAACGCUCUCAUGGAGCUUCCCUUCCCACCAAUAUUAACUUCAGAUUCGGAGGACCUUGAAAGCACAACCAAGGAUGACAGCGAUGAGAAAGCGGUCCAAGACCUCGACGAGUGGAUCGAAGAGCGUCUCCGCACCCGCAAGGUGAACGAGGAGCAAAUCCUCACGGCACUACGCUGUACGACAAUGGAUCAAGACUUGGCAGAUCGCGUCCUUGACUAUUUGGCUGCGGGGAAAGGGAUUCCUCGGGACAUGCGAGGAGUCUGGACAGCCGAAGACGACGUUUCUUUGGAGGGCACCGAUGCCAGAGACAUUGAGCGCUUGCUGAAGAAGCAUGGGACGAAACUCUACAAUAAAAGGUUCAAGUACCUAGAGAUUGCCCGAGCAACAAUGCUGACGAGCUCUUGA